AUGGCAUUAUCAACUGUUGCCAUGUUGGGAGCUCUUGGCAGCUUUGUCAGCCAUCUCACAGAAUCCCCUCUCCGCGCAGGAGUCUCCCUCGUCUUGUUGUGCCUGUCCGUAUAUCUCUUUCAUGUCAACCGCUUGUUGAGCGGGACCCCCGAAGAGGUACGGAGGUUGUCCCCACACCGAUGGACACGGAAUCAGAUCCGAGCUGCGUACAGGACGCUGGAGCAGCGCCCUAUCACAACGGAGUCUUUUGUAGGACAGGUGCCUCCAAAAUUGGAACGGCGUUACAUCGUCACAGGAGGCUCUGGUCUGGUCGGUGGCUAUAUCGUGCUGCAGCUCCUUGCUCGUGGCCAAGAUCCCUCGGCGAUUCGCAUUGUCGACUUCCAAGCACCACAUAGGCGUGACAUGCUCUCUGGGCCUGCGUCUAGAGUCGGCUUUGUCAAAGCAGAUAUUACUUCAGAAGAAGCCGUGGAAAGUGCCUUCUCCAAGACUUGGCCAACGGGGAUCAAGCAGCUGCCCGUCACCGUGUUUCACACCGCCGCUGUGAUUGUACCAUCUGAUCGCUCACGGCUUGUCUACGGAUUCUGCGAAGCAGUCAACGUGGGCGGGACCAUCAAUGUAUUGGAGGCAGCGAAGAGAGUCGGGGCAGACGUCCUGAUAAUGACCUCCUCAGCCUCCAUUUCCAUCCGACCGGUCGAACCAUGGGUGCGGCCGUGGCAGUGGAAGGAGUGGCCAAAGCACUACUGGCAGCUGCUGGACGAGGCAGACUUCUUCGAGCUACCAAGAGAGCACGAGGGCUACUUCGCUAAUUAUCCAGCCUCCAAAGCCCGGGCUGAGAGGAUAGUCUGUGCGGCGAACGGAAGAGCCAUGCGAACUGGCUGCAUUCGCCCAGCAAACGGUGUCUAUGGACACCCGACCGAUAACACUGUUGGCGGCCCGCUUAACAUGCAAACUUACCCAGCGUGGAGUGGCCACAUCGUACAGUCUUUUGUGCAUGGUGCAAACUGUGCCAUUGCUCAUCUUCAGAUGGAAGCUGUCCUGGCCAAACCGGAUUCAGCGUCUGCUCCCCAGGCGGGCCGGCCUUUCACAAUCACGGAUCCCAAUCCGCCCAUCGCAUACGCGGAUCUUUGGUUGCUUGUCGAAACUCUCAGUGUCACUCCUUUCCGGACAAUACCACUCCUGCCAGUUCCCAUGCUCCUCCUCUCGCACGUCAUUGAGGUUUAUUCUCUCCUUCCGAUUCGAUUUCCAUGUCUGAGAUGGUUCAUGCCUCCGAUACCGGGCAAUGCAAAACACCUCAAGCCGGCCCUUUUCUCAAUCACUACCCACCUCUUUGCAAACAACCAGGCUGCAAGGAAGCCAGUCCAAGAAGGUGGCUUGGGCUACACAGGAGUGCUUGGAACCUUGGAUGGAAUGAGUCAAGAGCUGCUCGAAUGGAACCACGAGCAUCUAGAAACUUCCCCAUUGACCAAGACAAAGUACACGAGUAGCGUUUCUCUCGCAGAGGAGAUUGAGAGAAUUCGCUCGGCCGCGGCCAAGAUUCGCCUUCCAAGCUCGAGUGGCUGA